CCGACGAGUGGCCGCGGCGGCCGCAGGACCCGGUUCGCUCAGACAAGAGGGCGGGUGGAGGAGGAAGCGGCCGAUCCCCGAGUCUGCUCCGGCGCCGCCGAGCACCGCCCGCCGCAGCCGACCAGCCCCGUCGGCUCCGGGCCCCGCCACGCCGAGAGGAGGGAAAGGCGGAGGCGGCUGCGCGGAGGCGGCGGGGGCGCGGGCGCGGGCCGAGGCGGCGCGGCCGGCCGCGGCUGCCGCUUUGUUGUGCGGCCCGGGCAGAGGAAGGAGAAGUGGGAGGAGGGGGGAGCUCGGCGUCCCGCUCCCUCCGCGGCUCAUGGCGACGACGCUCGGCACAUCCGGGACCCUCCGGCCGUGGCGGCCGCGGCGCCGGCUGCUCGGGCCCCAGCCCCGGCCGCUGUGGUGACUCCGCCGCGCCUCGCCGUCGCCCCCGCCCGCCGCCCGCCGGCCCGGGCCCCGCGCCGCGGCCGCAGCCCCGCCGCCCCCGCCGCCGGGGACAUGUCUAACCCCGGGGGCCGGAGGAACGGGCCCGUCAAGCUGCGCCUGACAGUACUCUGUGCAAAAAACUUGGUGAAAAAGGAUUUUUUCCGACUUCCAGACCCAUUUGCUAAGGUGGUGGUUGAUGGAUCUGGGCAAUGCCAUUCUACAGAUACUGUGAAGAAUACACUCGAUCCAAAGUGGAAUCAGCAUUAUGACCUGUAUAUUGGAAAGUCUGAUUCAGUUACAAUCAGUGUAUGGAAUCACAAGAAGAUCCAUAAAAAACAAGGUGCUGGAUUUCUUGGUUGUGUUCGUCUUCUUUCCAAUGCCAUCAACCGCCUCAAAGACACUGGUUAUCAGAGGUUGGAUCUUUGCAAACUUGGGCCAAAUGACAAUGAUACAGUUAGAGGACAGAUAGUAGUAAGUCUUCAGUCCAGAGACCGGAUAGGCACAGGAGGACAAGUUGUGGACUGCAGUCGCUUGUUUGAUAACGAUUUACCAGAUGGCUGGGAAGAAAGGAGAACUGCCUCUGGAAGAAUCCAAUAUCUAAACCACAUAACAAGAACUACGCAAUGGGAACGCCCAACACGACCGGCAUCUGAAUAUUCUAGUCCUGGCAGACCUCUUAGCUGCUUUGUUGAUGAGAACACUCCAAUUAGUGGAACAAAUGGUGCAACAUGUGGACAAUCUUCAGAUCCCAGACUGGCAGAGAGGAGAGUCAGGUCACAGCGACAUAGAAAUUACAUGAGCAGGACACAUUUACAUACUCCUCCAGACCUACCAGAAGGCUAUGAACAGAGGACAACACAACAAGGUCAGGUGUAUUUCUUACAUACUCAAACUGGUGUGAGCACGUGGCAUGAUCCAAGAGUGCCUAGGGAUCUUAGCAACAUCAAUUGUGAAGAGCUUGGUCCAUUGCCUCCUGGAUGGGAGAUCCGUAAUACGGCAACAGGCAGAGUUUAUUUUGUUGACCAUAACAACAGAACAACACAGUUCACAGAUCCUCGGCUCUCUGCUAACUUGCAUUUAGUUUUAAAUCGGCAGAACCAGCUGAAAGAUCAACAGCAACAGCAGGUGGUAUCGUUAUGCCCUGAGGACACUGAGUGUCUGACAGUCCCACGGUACAAGCGAGACCUGGUCCAGAAACUAAAAAUUUUGCGGCAAGAACUUUCCCAACAACAGCCUCAGGCUGGCCAUUGCCGAAUUGAGGUUUCCAGGGAAGAGAUUUUUGAGGAAUCUUAUCGACAGGUCAUGAAAAUGAGACCAAAAGAUCUUUGGAAGCGAUUGAUGAUAAAAUUUCGUGGAGAAGAAGGUCUUGACUAUGGAGGGGUUGCCAGGGAGUGGUUAUAUCUCUUGUCGCAUGAAAUGUUGAAUCCAUACUAUGGCCUCUUCCAGUAUUCAAGAGAUGAUAUCUAUACAUUGCAGAUCAAUCCUGAUUCUGCAGUUAACCCGGAACACUUAUCAUAUUUCCAUUUUGUUGGACGAAUAAUGGGAAUGGCUGUGUUUCAUGGACAUUACAUUGAUGGUGGCUUCACAUUGCCGUUUUAUAAACAGCUGCUUGGGAAGUCAAUUACUUUGGAUGACAUGGAGUUAGUUGAUCCAGAUCUUCAUAACAGUUUAGUGUGGAUACUUGAGAAUGAUAUUACAGGUGUUUUGGACCAUACCUUCUGUGUCGAACAUAAUGCAUAUGGGGAAAUUAUUCAGCAUGAACUUAAGCCAAAUGGCAAGAGUAUCCCCGUUACCGAAGAAAAUAAAAAGGAAUAUGUCAGGCUCUAUGUGAACUGGAGGUUUUUACGAGGCAUUGAGGCACAAUUCCUGGCUCUGCAGAAAGGAUUUAAUGAAGUCAUUCCACAGCAUCUGCUGAAGACAUUUGACGAGAAGGAGUUAGAGCUCAUUAUUUGUGGACUUGGAAAGAUAGAUGUUAACGACUGGAAGGUCAACACCCGGUUGAAACACUGCACUCCGGACAGCAAUGUGGUCAAGUGGUUCUGGAAAGCCGUGGAGUUUUUUGAUGAAGAGCAGCGAGCACGGUUGCUUCAGUUUGUGACGGGAUCGUCUCGAGUGCCUCUGCAGGGCUUCAAAGCUUUACAAGGUGCUGCAGGCCCACGACUCUUUACCAUCCACCAAAUUGAUGCCUGCACUAACAACCUGCCCAAAGCCCACACGUGCUUCAAUCGAAUCGACAUUCCGCCCUAUGAAAGCUAUGAAAAGUUAUAUGAGAAGCUGCUAACAGCCAUCGAAGAAACGUGUGGGUUUGCUGUGGAAUGACAGACUUCACGGAGUUACCCGGACUCUAUUUAUGCUCAACAGCCUCCUCUCAGCAGUUUCAAGGGAUGCUGAAGUGCAGGAACGUGUCCCCUCCCCCUUUUUAAGUUUUAGGACACUGUGAGGGGAAAGGACAAUUUUGAAAUUCCUUUUCAAGGAAAAAAACAGGUCUUUAUGCAUUGCCAUGAGGCCGCAUUCAGCUGCUAUUUAAAAUUAAUAUCUUGAACCUAAAGAAUGCUGACUUUUCCUACAUUUCCAGAGUUAGGCAGUAUUCUACACUUAAAGACUACUACUAUUUUUAUAAAAGGUAACCUAUUCACAUCGCUUCACAGAUUUCAAGUCUCAGACAUCAAGACAACUUCAGCAGGCGGUACAAGUCACAUUUCAUUUUGAUUGAAUACAUGAUUUUGAACAGCUCCUGUACUUGCUCUUUGUAAAAAAAAUGAAAUAAAAUUAUUUUGAAUUAUUC